AGUUGGGUUGUCGUAUAAAACAAAUAAAUGUUGAAUUUAUUCCUUAAAUGAAUUCAUUUUUUGAAAAAAUAUGUUUCAUAGGUAAUUUUGCAAAAUUGAUUCAUAAGAAUUAAAAAAAUCAACUUCGUGCAAUUUUAUUAAGGAACAGAUUUCUCUGACAUUCGAUAAAUGAAUAAAGAUUUCCAAGAAAAUGUUUCGAAAAAUGAAAGCUAUUUGGCCCACAGCAUCAGUCAAUCGCCUUAUUUCAUAAAUUACAUUUUUUUUAAAACAAACUUUUGGUCAACAUGAGUGGGAAUUUAAAAUGACAUGCAUGAGACAUCCCGGUAGUUUCUUCGGUUAUCGGUAUUUAUAAGACAAAGUCGAUCCCUGAAAUAGGCCUCACUUACGGACAAAAUAUAUUAAAACUGUUAUAUUUAAAGAGGCAUAACUUACUUUCAUACAGUGCAAAUAACACUUAUUAAAGCGAGUAGCGUAAAGAUUUAAAUUUUUGAGUACAAGUACAUUUAUUUCCCUUUGGAAGAUACUAAGAUUAUUGCCCUUGGUGCACUAAAGACAUGUCAACCAAUAUGUUUUGGAUAAUUUUAAGGAGUUUCAAUGAUGUGUGUUCAAAGAAUCUACGUAUAAAACUUCGCUAUGGUAUGAUGAUUAAUCAGAAAAUAUCUAUAUUAUAGAUAUUGCAAGCAAUCGAUGUUACAAUCUUGAAAGAAAAAAAAGUAUGAAGACCAACAUGUACGCCUAUAUAUAGCCUACUUAAUUAUUUGGAUAUAAAAUUUCAUGAUUGACAAAUUAAUAAAACUUAUAAAUGUAAUUUUGGAAAGCUGUGACAGGAAAAAGUUCCCCUUGUAUAAAAAGUAGCCUCUAAAAGAAAAAGAAAGCCUUCAAUAUUUCCAUGUUCUUUAACACUCGGUUACUAAUACGUAAGUAUGUAAGUUCAUUAUCAAAUUAAUUUUCAUAGUUUUUAGCAGAUUUCUGUUAAUCAAUUUUUAGAUAAAUGUUAAAUUUCGUAAAUCUUUCGGCUAUGGUUCAAUAUUCGAUCGGGCACGGACAUGACGUAAUAUCGCGUGAAUAGCGUCAGACGUUUGUUUAUGACGUAGCUCAGAAGGCCACUAUACUUUAAUGAUGUCUCGAAAAAAGUCAAGAGGGGUUCUUUGCUUUCGGGGUGGACAAGAUGAAGGGGACGUGCGGGGAUUGGAUUCUGUCGACGGUGAGAAAGCACGAAAAGAAACGGAACUCUUUAAGUUGAUGAUGGAGGAUUUUGAAAAAAAGCUAGGCUGCCUGAUGAUGUCAAGUGAAAGAGAACGCCAGUUAAUGGAUCUGGUAAAAGACAACAGUGCAGACCUUCAGAGAGAGAACAUGGUGUUAAAAGAGGAAAACAAAAGGCUGGAUACUUUGAACCGAGAGGCGGAAAAACAACUGAUCAUGGCUGAGGGAAACUACAAGAACCUCUCUGUCCAGUACAACACUUCCAAAGAAAUACUGCGAGCUGUAAAUGACAGAAUAACGGACAUGAAGGUGGUUAUAGAGAAACAUAAAGAAGAAAAGGCAGACCUUCAGAGUGAGCUAAAAACACAGAAAGACAAAAUUAACAACUUAAAGUCACAAUUAAUGGCAAUGGAUGAUGGUAAAACCAAGUGUGAAAAGCAGCAAGAGGAGCUCACCAAGGAAAAGCAACAAUUGCAGCUCCUGUUGAUCAAGAGGGAUGAACUGAACCAAAACAGAUUACGAAUGGCCUGGUUACGUUUUCAUGAAAUAAAAGAGGAAAGAGACAGUCUGCUUGCUAGUGUCUCAAAGAAAUCUCUCCCAUCACGCACGCCACAGAUUAUGGCGGCCCCACCAGAGAUCAACGAAGGUUACCCUACAACUGACACGCUACCAGAGCACCUGAUAUUUGAAACAAGAAUAAUGAAGUUAGAAAUGACUUUGUUUCGUCGCAAUAAAUUGAUUGAAAUUCUAACAGACAGACUAAGGGCAUUAACACCUGACUUUUCCUUGACCUCUGACCCGGAAGUCGCUGCUUACGUUGAUGAUGACUUGGAGCGGGAGAUUGGCAUACAAUUGUCGGAUGUGGUGUCACAAGAAAGCUCAGAGGCACAGUUAACUUCAAAUUCAUUUUUCAGUAUCUGAAC